ACAAAACAAGUUAUGGAAGAAAUAAAAAAACUUGAAUAUUUAUCACUCGUUUCCAAAAUAUGCACUGAAUUAGAAAAUCAUUUGGGAAUAAAUGACAAAGAUUUAGCUGAAUUUAUAAUUAACUUGGCUGGAAAAAAUGACACUUUCGAAGCAUUUAAGAAAGCUUUAUUGCAAAAUGGAGCCGAGUUUCCUGAUUCUUUUAUGUCAAAUUUACUCCGAAUUAUUCAACAAAUGAAACCCAGCUCCAUAUAUUUUAUUGCCAGUGAAGAUGAACAGUCUACAACAAGUUCUGAAUUACGAAGCCAAAACUGUUUAACUGUACCUGAUAAAGAAAAUGAUAUGGUUAUUGAUCAAUGCAAAGGAGAGCAUUCAAAUUUAUCUGUUAUUUGUGAAGCUGAGCCAUCUAAAAAAGUGGUUCGGGAGAUUUUAAGAAAUCCUGAUAAGCCAUCAAGCUUCCCACUAAUUGCCAAAACAGAUGAUGAUUAUGUGGACAAAAAAAGACCUGUUCAAUGCAUUUCUUCACCUGAGAGAUUUGAAAUAAAACAAUUGUUAGCAGCUAAUGCUAUUGAUCAAUCUGAAUUACCUGAUUUUGAUGAAACUACAGGUGUACUACCUAAAGAUGCUGGUGAUGAUGAAGACAUAGAAAUUGAAUUAGUAGAUGAUGAGCCUCCGUUUCUAACUGGGCAUGGUCAUGCAAACAUGCAAGAUUUAAGUCCCAUUAGAAUAAUGAAGAAUCCCGAUGGCUCUUUGGCACAAGCAGCUACGAUGCAAUCUGCUUUGGCAAAAGAAAGAAAGGAGCAAAAACAACAACAAAAGGAAGCUGAAAUGGAUUCAAUUCCAGCGUGUUUAAAUAAGCAUUGGAUUGAUCCAUUGCUGGACGCCGGAGGAAGGACAUUAGCUGCCAAUAUGCGAGGCAUUAGUUUACCUACACAAGAUUUGCCAGAAUGGAAAAAAUAUGUCACUGGUGGAUCAAAGGCAUCUUAUGGGAAAAAGACUCAAAUGAGCAUUUUGGAACAGAGGCGAGUUUUGCCAAUUUAUAAACUGAAGGAUGAUUUGAUUAAGGCUGUGACGGAUAAUCAAAUAUUAAUUGUAAUUGGUGAGACUGGUUCUGGAAAAACUACACAAAUCACUCAAUACCUUUCAGAAGCUGGAUUUACCGCUAGAGGUAAAAUUGGGUGUACACAGCCACGUCGAGUUGCUGCCAGUUCAGUUGCAAAAAGAGUUGCAGAAGAAUUUGGUUGCAGAUUAGGUCAAGAAAUUGGGUAUACUGUUCGUUUUGAAGAUUGCACAAGCCCUGAAACAGUUAUCAAAUACAUGACAGAAGGUAUUUUACUUCAGGAAUGCUUAAUAGACCUUGAUCUGAAAGGUUAUGCAGUUGUAAUGCUUGAUGAAGCACAUGAAAGGACAAUUUUUACUGAUGUUUUAUUCGGUCUUUUAAAAAAUGCUGUCAAAAGAAGACCUGAACUAAAGCUUAUAGUGACUUCUGCUACAUUAGAUGCUAUAAAGUUUUCUCAGUAUUUUUUUGAAGCUCCAAUAUUUACCAUACCUGGACGUACUUAUCCUGUAGAGAUUUUGUACACUAAAGAACCAGAAAAUGAUUACUUAGACGCAUCUCUGAUUACUGUCAUGCAGAUACAUCUUACAGAGCCUCCUGGUGAUGUUUUGUUAUUCCUCACUGGACAAGAAGAAAUUGACACAGCUUGUGAAAUUCUGUAUGAAAGAAUGAAAACUUUGGGGCCUGGAGUUCCUGAACUUAUCAUUUUGCCAGUUUAUUCUGCAUUACCUAGUGAAAUGCAGACUAGAAUUUUUGAGCCUACUCCACCAGGUUCAAGAAAGGUUGUCAUUGCAACUAAUAUUGCAGAAACUUCAUUAACCAUAAAUGGAAUCUAUUAUGUUGUUGAUCCUGGCUUUGUGAAACAAAAUGUUUAUAAUUCAAAAACUGGAAUGGAUUCCUUAGUUGUGACUCCUAUUUCACAGGCACAGGCCAAACAAAGAGCUGGACGAGCUGGGAGGACUGGACCUGGCAAGUGCUACAGGCUGUACACGGAAAGAUCGUAUCGAGAUGAAAUGCUGACUACUCCAAUCCCCGAGAUUCAGAGAACAAAUCUUGCUUCAAUAGUUCUGCAACUGAAGGCCAUGGGUAUAAACGAUUUGUUGUCUUUUGAUUUUAUGGAUGCACCACCCCCAGAGUCACUUAUUAUGGCUUUAAAACAGCUACAUUUUUUAAGUGCAUUAGAUGAUGAGGGCUUACUGACAAGGCUGGGCAGAAAAAUGGUUGAAUUUCCAAUGGAACCUAAUCUUGCAAAAAUGCUUAUAAUGUCUGUACAUCUAGGCUGCAGUGAAGAAAUUCUAACAGUCGUAUCCAUGUUGUCUGUUCAAAACGUGUUUUACCGACCAAAGAAUAAACAAGCACUAGCAGAUCAAAAGAAAGCAAAAUUUAAUCAAGCUGAGGGAGACCAUCUGACUUUGCUAGCUGUAUAUAAUUCAUGGAAAAAUAACAAAUUUUCCAAUGCUUGGUGCUAUGAAAAUUUUGUACAGUUAAGAACACUUAAACGUGCUCAAGAUGUACGCAAACAACUCUUGGGAGUUAUGGACAGGCAUAAAUUGGAUAUUGUUUCUUGUGGAAAAAAUACUUCUAGAAUUCAGAAAACUAUAUGCAGUAGUUUUUUUAGAAACUCUGCCAAGAAAGAUCCACAAGAGGGUUACAGAACCUUAGUUGAUAGCCAAGUGGUGUACAUUCAUCCAUCAAGUGCUCUUUUCCACCGGCAGCCUGAAUGGGUGGUUUAUAAUGAGCUUGUGCAAACUAACAAGGAAUAUAUGAGGGAGGUAACUACUGUUGAUCCGAAAUGGCUUGUUGAAUUUGCUCCUGCUUUUUAUAAAGUUGCAGAUCCAGCCAAGUUGAGCAAGCACAAGAAGCAGCUUCGAAUUGAACCUUUGCAGAACAGAUAUGAAGAACCUAAUGCCUGGAGGAUAUCACGUGCAAAGAAAAGGAGAAAUUAAUUUUAUUAUUUAUUAAUUGUACAAAAAAAGUGUACAUAUUUUUGCAUUAAAAUUUUUUACAAGGUA